CUCUCUCUCUCUAGUCUUUGGCUAGCUAACCUUCAAUAUAAUAUCUAGUCAAUCGAUCAUCCAAGUCCAACAUUUAUAUUGAUCGAUUUGGGCGCCAUGGCUAGAAGAGAAGCACCGUGGACAACGCUGUUUUCCGCCGUCUGCAUCGCGGCGUUGUUGGCAGCCCCCGGUGUGGAAGCAUACCUUUGCUUUGAGUCAAUAAAGGCUCUGCCACGGUGUUUUGUGGACUCUUGGAAGAACGUUUUCCACAAAUUCAAGUGGAACAGCUUAAGUAGUUGGACAGGAUUACUUGGGGGCGCCUAUAUUGACAAGUCGUGUUGCGUGGCUAAUCUCUCUCAAGCCAACGAUGAUUGCAUUUUCUCUUUAUUUAUGUUUGACUGGCAGAUAAAGGCUUAUCAAAAGGCACUUAAAACUUGUAAGGAGAGUGUAGGAUAUCAUUGAAAUCUUUAUUUAUUAAAGAUACCUACAGUAA